GGCCCUGAACAAAUGCAGCGUGGAGGUGUAUAAGAAGGUGGGGAUGCUGUACCCCGAGAUGAGCGUCCACGAGCGCUCGCUGGACUUCCUGAUCGAGCUGCUGCACAAGGACCAGCUGGACGAGACGGUCAACGUGGAGCCGCUGACCAAAGCCAUCAAGUACUACCAGCAUCUGUACAGCAUCCACUUGGCUGACCAGGCUGAAGACUGCACGAUGCAGCUGGCCGACCACAUCAAGUUCACCCAGAGUGCCUUGGACUGCAUGGGGGUGGAGGUGUGCCGGCUGCGAUCCUUCCUCCAGGCUGGGCAGGAGGCGUCCGACCUUGCCAUCCUCCUCAAGGACCUGGAGACCUCCUGCAGUGACAUUCGCCAGUUCUGCAAGAAGAUCAGGCGCCGCAUGCCUGGGACAGAUGCUCCGGGUAUCCCUGCAGCACUGGGCUUCGGGCAGCAGGUGUCGGACACGCUGCUGGACUGCCGCAAGCACCUGACGUGGGUGGUGGCCGUGCUGCAGGAGGUGGCUGCUGCUGGGGCGCAGAUGAUUGCUCCUCUGGCGGAGAAUGAGGGGCUGCUGGCGGUGAAGCUGGAGGAUCUGGCCUUCAAAGCGAGCGAGCAGAUCUACGGCACCCAGGGCAUCAACCCCUACGAGUGUCUGCGUCAGUCCUGCAGCAUCCUCAUCGCCACCAUGAACAAGAUGGCCACGGCUAUGCAAGAGGGAGAAUACGACGCGGAUAGGCCACAGACCAAGCCCACCCCACCUGCUGACCUACGGGCAGCAGCUCUUCGGGCAGAGAUCACCGAUGCUGAGGGGCUGGGGCUUAAGCUGGAGGACAGGGAGACGGUCAUCAAAGAGCUGAAAAAAUCUCUCAAGAUCAAGGGCGAGGAGCUCAGCGAAGCAAACGUGCGGCUCAGCCUCCUGGAGAAGAAGCUGGACAGCGCAUCCAAGGAUGCAGAUGACCGUGUGGAAAAGAUACAGACAAAGCUGGAUGAGACCCAGACUCUGCUCAAAAAGAAAGAGAAGGAGUUUGAGGAGACCAUGGAUGCUCUUCAGGCAGAUAUCGACCAGCUGGAAUCAGAGAAGGUGGAGCUGAAGCAGCGCUUGAACAACCAGUCAAAGCGAACCAUCGAGGGCCUGCGCGGUGCCCCUGCCUCUGGAGUUGCCUCCAUCGUGUCUGGCAUUGCCGGAG